AUGGUAGUUCAUGAUCGUGAUGUGAGCCGUUUUGCUGACAGAAGUAGAGAACUUUGGUCAGAACGAACAAUGUCGGAUGUAAAAUAUAAGCAAAAUAGUUUUCUUCGUUGUUGUGGAAAUUGUCCAUUUGCAUCAUUACUUGCAUUUAUUUUAACAUUAACGGGUACAGGUAUUUGUUGUGGAUGUCUUUAUUAUCCAUUACGAGCAACAAUUGAACAUAUUAAUAAUGUAUUUGAAAUAGAAUAUAUCGAUCAUGAUUGGAUUCGAAUUUUACGUCUAGCUGUUAUUUUUGUUUUGGCAAUCAUGGGUGGUUUUUCAAUGAUUUUACUUAUCGUUGGAUCAUUAGCUACAGGUGCUACGCGUCAUCAAAUUUAUACAGGAUUUCGUUCUCGUCUUGGAGGUCGUAUUGCAACGGGUUUCUUUUCUAUGAUUGUCUAUGGUCUAUUACUUAUUUGGUUAUUUGCAAUGUUAUCUUUAGUUGUACCAUGUAUUGGAUUAUAUAUCCUUAAACAUCGUUGUAUAGAAGCAUGGGCAGUACCAACACCAUCUGAUUGGCCAAAUACGGCUUCACCAGCAUUAUGUCUUACACCAGGAACAUAUGGAAUUCCUGUACCAAAACAAAAACCUGAUGCAAAAGUUUGUCAACAACGAUUUAAUGAGCUGUGCACAUUGACAGAAUAUACGCCACAAUAUUUAGCAGCUUUAAUUGGUUCAUUUUUUGUUGUUAUGGGUUUGAUUCAUUUUCUUUGUUGUCUUGUGGCUAAUUAUGCUCAUAUAAAAGAUGGUAGAAAAUUACGCGAUUAUGAAGAAGCAAUUCGUGAAGAAAUUGAAAUAUCAAAACUUAAUCAAGGCUAA